AUGAUUCAGAUUUUGCUGAUUAUUGAUCGUGUUUAUGCGAUAGAACAGAAUAUGUAUACUGUCAAUUCUAAAUAUUUGGUAGAGGAUGAAUAUUUAUGGUACACUGAUGAUUACGAUCUUUUCAAUUACCUACAAAAGGCUAAAACAGGUCCAACCAACAAAGUAUCCAUACAGUUGUACUAUGAAUCAUUGUGUACGGGUUGCAUAGAAUUUAUUACGGAAAAUUUUACAACUGUGGUGGAAAGAUUGAAUUCGUAUUUAACAUUCCAAACCUACCCUUACGGAAACGCGAAGACGUUUCGGCGUAACGGACGGUACGAAUUUAAAUGCCAGCACGGACUGAAGGAAUGCUAUGGAAACAAAUUACACGCAUGUGCGAUAGAUCUUUUGCAGAAUGUAACACAAGCAGUAAUAUUCAAUUCGUGCAUGAUGGAGCCCAAAGAGGGAAAACGCGGUUCAAAUGACUACGCAGCUGACGCAUGUGCCAAAAAACAUGAUGUCGAUGCGGCUCCAAUAAAAGAAUGUGCAAAGGGAGACAAAGGAAGUGAACUUUUGAAAUACUACGGUGACGAAACUAAAAGGGCAAACGUUAGCUAUGUACCUUUAGUUGGUAAAGCCUCUGAGCGCGUUACCAGGCAGGCCACCUCCGGUGGCGACCAACAAGCCCAAGGAAAGGUGCCGGCUCUGCAAAACACUAGGGGUAGCACAGACCAAGACCACGACGUGUUAGGGUUGACAAAGUCGAUGCUGAAU